AUGAGCAGCACAUUCGUCACAUUAGCAGAAGUCCUGGAGGCCCGAGGGGGGCCUCUGCUGGAGGAGGAGGUUUGGGCCCUGCUGCUGGCCACUGCAGCGUGUUUGGAGGAUGCCUCCGAUAAAGGUCAAAACAACAUGUGCAAUAUCAUAAGCCCCACCUCCUUGCUGCUGUCAGCUACUGGUAGCCUAGCAUUUAAGAACUGUGGCCUAUCAGAGGAGGUAUCGACCUUCACUGCUCCAGAGAUGCUGCAGGGCCGCUCCAGCUCAACCAAACCUGCCAUAGAGAGGAUGCUGGUGUAUUCACUGGGUAUGACUCUCUACUGGUCAGUUGAUUUUCACCUACCUCAAAAUCAGCCAGUCCAGUUGAGCGACCAUCUCAACAGCCUCGUCCUAAGCAUGUGUGAAGAUGUGUCCCAUCGCAGACUUACCAUCAGCUCCAUCCUGGAAGCCUGUGAGUGUCAUCAGAAAGCCUCUAGCCUGCCUCCUUCGGCCGACGUCAUCAGGCAGCUGGUGGAGGAGGUCUUUCGUGAACCGGUGAGUCCUCAAACACGGACCUUAUUGGAGGGGGUUUCAUUGUAGCCUGUUUUUCACUGUACUUCCGUCCCCCAGAUGGACCACGGUUCUGACAGCAACUUGCCUCUGAGUGGGCGGAGCCAGAUGAUCAGAGAAAGGCUUCAUGGAAGGAGAGGACCAUUUGCAGACUUCACUGAAAGUUGUCCAGAGAGGAGAAGAUACUCCACUGACUCCGAUUCAAAGUCAGGUAUCUGUUUACCUCAGAGAUCUUGGAAACAUCGGCCAAGAAGCUCACCCACACCUUUGUAUCAAUCGUCUUUAGAAAGGCUCCCACGAGGGGCUCGUCACAGGGACAGCACCUGCAGUUGGCUCGGCCGAAGCCCCCACCAUGACGUCUCUCCCAAGACAUCAGGCAGGUCUCACAGUCCUUCCAUCACCUUCAGUGAAUCCUCCAUCAGCUUGAGCCAGAGGAAACCUAAGGCUUUGGGUCCAGAGUUUAUCCGAAUGGCUGAUGAACAGCAAAUUGUUCUUGAGCUUCCAGGAUCUAUUGUGUCCAGGAAGGGCCGCUUAUGUUCAUCUCAGAGGGAAGUGACGGUGGUGCUGCCAAGCGGCCAGUACGUGGUGGUCCGCUGCGACAUCAAGUCCCGUGCGAGGGACGUGUUUGACAUGGUGGUGGCUCACGCUAACUUAGUGGAGCACUUCUACUUUGGCCUUGCAUUUCUUGACGAUGAUGAAUAUUUUUUUUUGGACAACGAAACAAAAAUCUCCAAAGUUGCUCCUGAUAGUUGGAAGAAAGGGCAAAUACUUUCCUUUUUGGUCUUCCUUCGAGUCAAAUUUUUUGUCGAUGAUAUUGCCUUUGUUUUGCACAGAUUAACACGCCACCAGUACUAUUUGCAGAUGCGGAAGGACAUUUUAGAGGAUCGCCUCUAUUGCAACGAGGAGACGGGCUUGUUUCUGGCUGCCCUCGCUCUGCAGGCUGAAUUUGGGGAUUACAUGCCAGAGUUGUACGGGAAGAGUUACUACCAGCUAGAGCACUAUGUGUCAAAGAGAAUGCUUGAUAAGCUGGCUUUGCCCAAUGUGAAGGAUGAGCUGCCAAGACUGCAUGCAAGUCAUGCUCCAAUGCCGCCCGACGAGGCAGAAACAGAAUAUCUCAAAAUUGCUCAGCAACUACCAGAGUAUGGAGUUAUGUUCCACCGUGUGGGAAGAGAAAAAAGGCCUUUGAUUGGUGAAUUGGUUUUGGGAGUGUGUGCCAAAGGAAUAAUCAUGUACGAGAUGAAGAAUCAGGUCCGGACCGUCAGCAGACGCUUCCUCUGGAGUGAAACAGACGCAAUUUCCACUGGGCGCCGUAAACUGAUCAUCGAAUGUGGUGGACCAAGCGGUAGAAAGCACAGUUUUAUAACGGAGAGCUCCAAAAUAGCACAAUACAUCCUCAACCUCUGCUCCGCACAACACAAGUUCCACAGCGAGAUGACAUCACGGCAACUUAAUCACAGUAUGAUGCCAGAUGAAAACAUGUCUGUUUAUGCGGGUUGUAACCUGAACCUGAAGCGGAUCUCGUGCUCUGAGGGCAUGUUGAACCACGUUGGUUUAGCCCCAGGUCAACCGGAUCCGCUGUCUAAAUCUUGCGAGGACCUGAGCGCCAAGUUGGAAGCUAGACUCCGCCAUCAGAGAGAGAUGAGGCGGGAGAUGAGUAGAGAGCUGAACAAAGACCCUCCAGAAACUGGAGAAGGGGAUUUGAAAGAGCGUCCUUACUGGAGCACACCAGAGUCGAUUCCUAGAAUGAUGUCAAGUGUCUCGCUGCAGAAAGACUCGGAUGUAUCUUCAAUACGAGUUGAUACACCGACAAGGUCUUCACCAGAGAGAGAAAUUAUCUGCGUAAGUCUCAAGAAAGAUCCCAAACUUGGCUUUGGCUUUGUGAUUGUGGGCGAGGACAAUACAGGUAAACUCGACCUUGGUAUCUUCAUUGCUUCCAUUGUACCAGAUGGACCUGCGGACAAAGAUGGACGGAUCAAACCAGGUGGACGUCUCAUUUCUUUAAAUAAGACUAGUUUGGAAGGGGUAACAUUUAGCGAUGCUGCUGCCAUUUUACAGAAUAGUCCAGAGGAAGUGGAGCUGAUUGUGUCCCAGCCCAAACAGUGUUUGAAAGACAGCAAGAACUCAUUGUGCCAAAGUACAUUGGGCUUGGCAUUGGAAAGGAGCUUUGGUUCUCAGACCACCUUAAGUGGGACUGAGUAUCGACACGCCAUGGAUGAACUGGAGGAUGCCAUCACGCUUUCUAGCAUGGCCACGCCCAAGCAGAACAGGAAGCUUCACAUACCUGUGGUGCGGAUACAUGACGCGCAGGACAUGUGUUCCAGGUCUCCCUCUAUUUUAAGUCUAAAAACUGGGGAGAAGUUUUCAGUGGAGCUAAAGAAGACUGGUGGGAGUCUUGGCAUUAGUGUUGCUGGAGGAUUAAACACAAGUGUGAGACAUGGUGGCAUCUACAUAAAAAGUCUAGUGAUUGGGGGUGCUGCUGAGCAGGAUGGACGCAUUCAAAUUGGUGACAGACUGCUUGAGGUUGACGGCUCCAACCUGAGGGCAGUGACACACCAACAAGCUGUCGAGUGCCUAAAGCGGACUGAGGAGGUGGUGAACCUGCUGCUGGAGAGGGAACCUACAGUCAUCUUGGAACCCAGAACCGAAUACGCCCUCCCAGGCUCCAUCCAGCCCCCAAGGACUGAGGUCUCCUUGGAAACAACCUUGAGUAGCCGGGCAAAGGACUACAGCUUUGUCACUGAUGAAAACACGCAUGAAGUGAUCCUGAAGAAGAGUUUGUCAGGUCUAGGCUUCAGUUUUAACAUUUCCUAUUACAACUCGGGGCAAGACCGUGGCAGCGUGGUCCGUAUCAAGCGUCUGUUCCCCGGUCAGCCAGCCCAUGAGAGUGGUCUCUUACGAGAAGGGGACAUUAUUCUGUCUGUCAACAAAGAACCUGUCAAGGACCUUUCCUACCAGAGGGUUUUGUUCCUGUUAAGAGGUGCCCCUUCUGAAGUUCAUCUCUUGAUCUGUCGACCCGGUCCAACAGUGCUGUAUGAUGCUGAUGACAACACACUGAGUCCUGCACCUACCAGGGAGAUCCGAUCCCGGUCUCUGGACAUCUGUCUAGGAGAUGACUACAGCCAGUUUCUUAAUUUUCAAUUUGAUGUCAAUUUAGCUGCUCAGAGCACAGUCCCUAGUCUCCAGGAGGACCUGAGUGACACAGUCCAGAAAAGUCCAGAACCAGGUGCAGCUCCAAGUAUUUUUGAUGGACCAGUACAAGGUGAACAGACACCUCAGUCUAUACCCCGGGCACAGUCUCCUCCUAUACCCAGCUCUCCCACAUCGCCUCCGACACCAAUCUCACCAGCCUCGCCAGUUUCUCCGACGUCACCCGUCUCGCCUCCGGUCUGCUUUCGACCAGCUCAUCAAGAGACACAGCUGUCUGUGGGAAAAUCAGAAGAACAACUGGAAGUAGAAAUAGAGAAAUCAAGCGAGGAUGAGCAGAAGGCCAUUGCAACAAGUUCAACAGAAAUAUAUGAUGUCUUCCCGAAGACUUCUUCAAACUCCAUGUAUGCCAGUGGUGUUCGAGAGGAGGCAGAUGGAAGCGUGACCUACUGCCUGGUUGGGAAUGGAUUGACUAUUAUGGCAGAUGAGGAGUAUUUGACCAUCAGUUCCACGCUGGAACCUCAACAGAAUUUUCAAUCCAAUCAGGCCACUCAAACACCCUCUAACACAUUGUCCAGUUUCAGCUCACAGAACCCAAAUAGUCCCAUAUCUCCUCUUAACCUCUCAUCUGACACCCUAACUACUUGUACCCUGGCACACCCGUCUCAACCGCUCACAACCCAGCCGUCCAAAGCCAAGCAUCACCCAAUCCACCAGGGACAGCAAUUUCCACUGCAAUGCAAAGCCGUUGCUAAGAACAGUCAGCCUGCAGUGGGGCUCUCUCAAAAUUCUGCUCCAACGGCUGGCCCCAUCACAACACAGAUAAUCUCCUCAACGCCUCCUUGCAUCACUGGACCCGCUCCCACCCUUGCAACCACAAUAUUACCUGCAGCUGCCCAGAGUCAUAUUCAGCAUAGAGAGGAGCCAGAGAAGAAAGGAAAAGAUGAGGAGGAGGAUGAAGACGAUGAAGAAGAGAGUAGAAGAAAGGGAUUGGUAAAAGAGUUUGAGUUGACCGUCCUUCUGACCAAGUCCAGGAGUGGAAGCUUCGGCUUCACCAUCACCCGAAGCAAAUUGGACAAUUGCUACUAUAUACAGGAAGUACUGGACAACCCAGCAAAGGCAGAUGGACGCCUCAGAGCUGGAGAUCGACUUAUCACGGUAAAUGGACAUGACGUCACCAAUGUGGCAGAUGAAGUUGCUAUGACGAUUCUCCGGUCCUCUCCCAGAAGACUUAGUAUGACCCUGGGCAGGGCUGUUACUAAUCUGGUGGCACCGCCUUCUUGCGACAGCUUGCCUGAUAUUGUCCUCUACAAGACACCUUCAGGACAGCUUGGCAUUAAACUAACCGGUGGCAUUGGCAGCAAAUGGCAAGGCAUUUACUGUCUGGAGGUUGUGCCAGGCUCACCGGCUAGCGAAGAGGGCAGUGUCCAACCCAACGACAAGAUCCUGUACAUCUGUGGCAGUUGCACUUUGGGAAUGACCCUUGAUGACGCCGUCAAAGCUUGCGAGAUCGCCCCGCGUAAAGUCAAACUUAAAAUCCUGAGAGACGACCAGCCAGUGACUCCCAAGGCUAAAUGGAACGGUCUGUUUGACUGGAAAAAAGAUAGGAAGUUCUUUGCGCGUUUUGAAGAGCCUGUCUCGCCUGACAAAGAAUCACCUCCUGAAGAGGUUGAAGUUGUCAGUAGAACUGGUGGCAAUUUCAGAUGUCUGUCUGUGGCUGAACAGCAAGAUAGUUGCAUCAUGCAAGUAGAGUUUACCAAACCAGAAGGAGGUGGCCUUGGCUUUGCACUGGUUGGGGGGACCAAUGGCAGCAUGCUCAGAGUGAAAGAAAUCUGCUCUGGUGGAGUAGCUGAGCUGGAUGGCAGACUUAGAGUGGGAGAUAUUCUUCUCGAGGUAAACGGUGUCAUUGUGUCGGGACUGAGCCACAGCAAGGUGGUGGAUAUCCUCCGUAAAGCUGAAGGCAUAGUGCAGCUCACUAUCUGCAGAGACAUCCUGCCAUUGACCUAUUCCGAAUCACCUACGCCACCCAACAUGGCCACAGGUGCCGAUGCUGUCCAGGCAGAGCAGCCAGCUCCAGUUAAUACCUCUGAUGCCUCUUCCGCUCCUGACGCCAUGAUUAACAAGCCAGUGGAUUGCCUCCCUGGUAAGGUUUUGUUGAAGUGUGUUUUUAAUGAAUCAGGUGUUUUAGUCACUAUGCCACCCCCUCCUCCACGACAACUAACUGUGGUCAUGGAUGAUACACCAAUUAAUCAGGAGAGCUGUGACAGUACCCCUUCUCAUCAAGCUUGCUGCCCAUCACUGAAUGUUACUGAAAUGUUGCAUGGAGCUUCUGACAGGAAACACACUGUGACCAAACUGUUGGAUCGGUCGUGCAAAGGCAUCCAGAAACCAGAGUCAGGCGGCUGGAGCAGCGAAGAAGAAGAUGAGGUGUUUGACCCCACUGCCCGCCAAACUGCCUCCGCACAGACAGGCCCGCCCAUAGUAUCAGAGGAAGAACUGUCCAAUUUAGCCCUGAUUAGCCCAUCAAGAAGCAGCCAGUAUUCGGGCUCCAGGGUAAAAGCCAUCAUCCAGAUUCUGCACCAUCAACUUGACCAGCAGGAACUGGUCAAAGAAUUCAUGGCUCUAGAGCACCUAAAGCCUACUGAUGACUGUGUGGUGGGAAAAGCCCCUGAGAACAGAGACAAAAACCGCUACAGAGACAUCCUGCCCUACGACAAAACCCGCGUCACCGUUGGAGACAAGCAGGAUUACAUCAAUGCCAGCUACAUCCGCAUGCAAGCGGGAGGUGAGGCGCUUUCCUACGUCUCCUGCCAAGGGCCGCUACCCUCCACAGUGGCUACGUUUUGGCAGAUGAUCUGGGAAAACAAAUCAGACGUGAUUGCCAUGAUGACUCAAGAAGUAGAACGAGGGAGGGUGAAAUGUCACAAGUACUGGCCCGGGAAUCCCAAAGAGCCCCUGGACACGGGCAAGUAUCACAUCUACCUGGAGAACCAGCAGCGUUUGCAAUAUUUCCACAUCAAGGUCAUCCGGAUGGUGGAAACUGAGACAGCAGAGACCCACACCGUCCAUCAUCUGAAUUUCACCCACUGGCCUGAUCACGGUGUUCCGCACGACUCCGAGCAACUGGUUCGCUUCAUUCGCUACCUACGUUCGGUUCACCACCAUGGCCCUGUCACGGUCCAUUGCAGCGCGGGAAUCGGACGCUCAGGUGUUCUAAUCUGUACGGACAUUAUCCUCAGCCUCAUCGAGAAGGAUUUGCCUAUUAACGUCAGCAACAUCGUAAAGGAGAUGAGACUUCAGCGCCAUGGGAUGAUUCAGACCAAGGAACAGUACCUCUUCUGCUACAAAGUCUGGUUGGAGGUUUUACAGGGCAUUUUACAGCUCCAUGGCACCCAGUGGCAACCGGAAAGUCCCCAAGACCACAAAAUAGUUUGA